ACUUGCAAACGGAAUCAUCCGUUUACAAUUUAUCUGUUUAUAUUUGAUUUGCGAGGAAAAAUAUUCACAUAUUUUUUAAAAAUAAAUUGUGGUUUAAAUUAAUAAAAUUACUUUAAAUUCACCCAGAACCAGCCAUGUGCUAUGUUAUAGUAACGGGGCGCAGCUUAGCAUGGUUAUUACUAAGUUUGGUAGCUUUUAUGUUUAUUUUGACUGGAAUAAUGACGCCUAAAUGGCUCUUAGGGCAGCCUGAAAUUAUAAAUGAGAACAAUGCAACAAGCUUCUACAUACGAAGCGUCGGAAUAUAUAAUAGGUGUAUCAGAAUGACACAUGACCAUAACAACUGUGGUUCAUUCUCUUUCAACGGUCUCGCAACUGAUUCUUCUGUUUACCCUGGCCCCUGGAAGGCUGCUAUGUUUUUCUUGUCACUGUGUGCCUCGAUACAAUUUGCGACUGUGCUAGCAGGAAUUAUGGCGUGCUGUGUACAAUCUGUUUUCAAGAAAAGCGUCAUAUCAUUAGCAGGAGCCACGCAGGCUUUGGCUGGUUUAUUUGGCGUACUGGGCCUAGUGCUCUACCCCUGGGGUUGGGGUGCGGAUAGGGUAAAAAGGCUGUGUGGUGAGAAUUCUGAACCCUACAUACCCGGAGAUUGCUCUAUAGGUUGGGCAUUGUUCGUAACAGUUACGGGAGUCGCUCAAAUCUUCUUGGCCUGCGCUCUCUCGAAAACGGCUGACAAAGCGGCCAAUUCUGAUAAAGUUCAAUUUCAAAUGGACGAAGGGAAACAGUUGAUAUGCCUAGCUUGAUUCGUGAGUGUUGCCAGCAACUGUAAUUCGAAACAAUAAAAAAUCCAAUCUACAUUUUAAUGUAAAGUAUUUCAAGGUAUAUUACAUAAAAAUAGUUAUGGUAAAAUAUAUGAACGAUAUACAGGGUGGGGUUUUAGUGGCUGUUUUAUAAACACUAUAGCGAUUUUUUCGAUGUGAUAUUUUGUUCUUUCGUGGCCUACCGGUAUCGUGUUGGUCUUCCAUGUUUGAAGGCACAUAUUUGAGACUUGGCUUGAAUACUGUUGUACAGUACAUAAUAUGUAAAGUGUAGUAUGUUCACAAGAGCCAGCGAUCGGCAAAAUUUCAACAAUAUAUCUAAAUUAAAUAGAAAU